AUGGCUCAUUCCAAGCUUAUAGCAACUGCAUUGUUGAUUUUGCUCUUUGUUGAUCUUGCCUUUUGUGCAAGAUUAGGAAAGACGAUACACGGUGGAGGAAGAGGUGGUGGAGGUGGAGGAAAAGGUGGUGGUGGUGGAGGAGGCUCAGCAUUAGGGUCAGGUUCAGGAUAUGGUUCAGGGUAUGGUUCAGGGGAAGGCUCUGGAUAUGGUGGUGGUGAUGGGGUGUUCGGACGUGGUGGAGGAGGUGGUGGAGGAGGCGGCCAUGGAGGCGGUGGUGGUGGUGGAAAUUCGGGGAGGGGUAGUGGUUCUGGCUCUGGAUAUGGGUCGGGAUAUGGAUCAGGGUAUGGGUCAGGUGAAGGAAUAGGUAAGGGUGGAGGUGGUGGAGGUGGUGGUGGUCAUGGUGGAGGAGGCGGUGGUGGCACAGGAAAUAAUGGCUCAGGAUAUGGUUCGGGUUCGGGCUAUGGAAGUGGAAGUGGCUCAGGGUAUGGAAGUGGUGGCGGUGGAAGAGGAGGAGGCGGAGGCGGUGGUGGUGGUGGAGGAGGUGGUGGUGGCGGCGGUGGUGGCAAUGGUAAUGGUUCAGGCUAUGGUAGUGGCUCAGGGUAUGGAUCAGGCUAUGGUUCAGGAUAUGGUGGAGGGAAUGGAGGUGAUGAACCUUGA